CUCUCACCAUUCCUGCCAUUCAGAGAAAUCAGGUAACCUUCCAGCAUAAAAAAGCCAUUUGAAUGAAUCAGCCACACCUGGCUUGCCUUUAAAUGGUAGUCGAGUGCAGCAGAAGUUCAAGGUGCUUUUACAGCAGGGGUUAUGUUAAGCCUAUAAAAGCUGGGUUCAGUCACUGUGAAACCAGAUAAGGCACAGAGGGAUUGCAGGCAGUUAAAAACAAAUUUUAAAAAAUGGCUUGUGUAUCCCAAUCAGUAAGUUUUGAUAGAUGUUUUUGCGGACAGGGAUCGCAUAGCAGUAUACUCUACAGUAUUCUCAACAAAGAUUAUCCCAAGGAAACAAGUUGCUGGCAUUAUCGGCAUCACCAUCGGCUUUCAGCUUUCGGCUGCUCCUGUGAAUUCAGAAGAAAAGUGGUUCUCAAAACACCAGAGCUCACUUGUAGAGUGGCCUCGGAAGUGCUGCUGAAGACACUGAAUUUUAUUAAGAACUUGCCCUCCUUUUGUCAGCUGCCUGAGGAAGAUCAGGUCUUGCUGGUGCAGAAUUGCUGGGCUCCACUCUUUGUCUUGGGCUUAGCUCAGGAAAGGGUGGACUUUGAGGUGGUUGAAGCCGUGCCACCCAGCCUGCUGAGAAGGAUUCUCUUAAACCAGAAGGCAAUGGACGGCCAGAAUCAGGAGACAGACCUGAACAGUCCAACUCUAGCAGAAGUUCAAAGAGUUAAGUUAUUUCUUCUGAAGUUCUGGAGCAUGGACAUCAACACCAAAGAGUACGCAUAUCUCAAAGGCAUCACUCUGUUCAACCCAGACGUCUCUAGUUUAAGAAUACCUCAUUACAUACUCGCCUUGCAACAAGAAGCCCAGCAAACGCUGAACGAAUUCAUCGGCAUGAUGUACAAUGGAGAUCAGAUGAGGUUCGCUCAAAUUCUAUUGACCCUCUCCGCUCUCCGGACAGUCAGCACGACUUCUAUCACUGAACUAUUUUUCAGACCUGUCCUGGGCAAAGUGAACAUGAAUGAGUUGCUUCUGGAGAUGCUCUGUGCAAAGCUGAAUUAAGCUGCAAAAAUGCAAUUCACUACACUUGAAGUUUCCUGAUACUUUUUGUAACAUGUUAUAGUUGUGUGCGUGGCGACCAGUUGUGCAAUAUGUAUAGUAACUACCAUUGUUGUGUGUACAUAAAGGUAUGUUAAUGGCAAAUGCUUAUUUAUAGGUAGACAAAAAUGCUGGAGAAACUCAGCGGGUGAGGCAGCAUCUAUGGAGCGAAGGAAGACCUCGGUCCAUAGAUGCUGCCUCACCCGCUGAGUUUCUCCCGCAUUUCUGUCUACCUUCGAUUUUCCAGCAUCUGCAGUUCCUUCUUAAACAAUGCUUAUUUAUACUUUUGUUUGGUUUAUUACAAUAAAGCUUUGGAUUAGUUUUCAUUCCAUAGAAUUUAUUUCUUCAUGUUACCUUUCUUUUGAGUGCCUUUAAUGUAAAAACAUAUCAAGAAAUAAAUGUGGUA